AUGUUUCAAACUAAUUUGGCAAUGAAAGCACCUUGUAUGGCCUCACAAGUGUGUGAAGAUGAACAGAGACAAAAGAAACAAAACAUUCGAUCCUUAACUAUGUCUGGCCACGUGGGUUUUGAGAGUUUGCCUGAUCAGCUGGUCAAUAGAUCCAUUCAGCAAGGCUUCUGCUUCAACAUCCUCUGUGUGGGGGAAACCGGAAUUGGAAAAUCUACGCUGAUUGACACAUUGUUUAAUACUAAUUUUGAAGACCACGACUCCUCACACUUUUAUCCACACGUUAGACUUAAGGCUCAGACAUACGAACUCCAGGAAAGCAACGUGCGACUGAAGUUGACCAUUGUGAAUACAGUGGGAUUUGGUGACCAAAUAAACAAAGAAGAGAGCUAUCAGCCAAUAGUGGACUACAUAGAUGCUCAGUUCGAGGCCUACCUCCAGGAAGAGCUGAAGAUUAAGCGGAGUCUCUGCACCUUCCAUGAUUCCCGUGUGCACGUGUGUCUGUACUUCAUCUCACCCACAGGCCACUCUCUCAAGACUCUCGACCUCUUAACCAUGAAGAACCUGGACAGUAAGGUGAACAUUAUACCAGUGAUUGCCAAAGCUGAUGCAAUUUCUAAAAGUGAGUUGCAGAAAUUCAAGAUCAAGCUCAUGAGUGAAUUGGUUAGCAAUGGUGUCCAGAUAUACCAGUUCCCCACGGAUGACGAAACGAUUGCUAAAAUCAAUUCUGCAAUGAACGCACAUUUACCAUUUGCUGUAGUAGGAAGUAUGGAUGAGGUAAAAGUUGGAAAUAAGAUGGUGAAAGCUCGUCAGUAUCCUUGGGGUGUUGUACAAGUGGAAAAUGAGAACCACUGUGACUUCAUAAAACUGAGGGAGAUGCUCAUUUGCACCAACAUGGAAGACCUGCGGGAGCAGACUCACACGCGGCACUACGAGCUGUACAGACGCUGCAAACUGGAGGAACUGGGCUUCAAAGACGUGGGCCCCGAGAACAAGCCUGUCAGUGUUCAAGAGACCUAUGAAGCCAAAAGGCACGAGAUCUGCGGGGAACGCCAGAGGAGGGAAGAGGAGAUGAAGCAGAUGUUUGUGCAGCGGGUCAAGGAGAAGGAAGCCAUCUUGAAGGAAGCCGAGAGGGAGCUCCAGGCCAAAUUUGAACAUCUUAGAAGAGUUCACCAAGAAGAGAGAAUGAAACUUGAAGAAAAGAGAAGACUUUUGGAAGAAGAAAUAACUGCUUUUUCUAAAAAGAAAGCUACCUCUGAAAUAUACCAGAGCCAGUCCUUUGUUGGGACUGGUAGCAAGAAGGACAAGGACCGGAAGAAGGAUCAAGGCUGUCGAUUCGAGGUCCUGUGCUUUGAUGUCAGAUCUCAUGAAACCAGUGGCGGACAGACAGACGCAGAGGGAAGUUGA